UUAUUUUUGAUGAUUAUGCCUAGAAGGUCAAACGUAUAGAAGAAAUCCAGAAACAGACACUCUGAAGUAUGCUAAAAGCUGUAGCUGCGCUUCCUCUCUCGCCCUCUUUCACCACCAGAAGCGUAUUGAGGAAGAUGAGUUCAUCAUCGCCGCCACCAAUUGUUCAUCCCAAGUUCAUUUCUGUAGAAGCCGCCGAUAUUCAUUCCAGAACUAAACCUGAUGGAUUCAGAUUUAGCCUCGUCUCGUAUAACAUAUUGGCUCAGGUUUAUGUGAAGAGCGCUUUUUUCCCAUACUCUCCUCCAGCGUCUCUCAAGUGGAAGCACCGUUCGAAUUCGAUUUUAGAAGUUCUUAAGGGCUUGGGAGCUGAUUUUUUCUGCCUGCAGGAAGUUGAUGAGUUUGAUAAGUUUUACAAAGGGAGCAUGCAGGCCUUAGGAUAUUCUUCUAUUUAUAUGAAGAGGAAUGGACAGAAGCGUGAUGGAUGCGGCUUGUUUUACAAGCAUGACCGUGCAGAGUUGGUCUUGGAGGAGAAAAUCGAAUACAAUGAUCUCGUGAAGUCAAUUCAAGAUGGGAGUUCUUCAGAUAAUGAUGAACCCAGCAAUGUCCAGACAGUCCAGCCAGAUAAAAGAAAGAAUGUUCCACCCAAAAAUGGACCUAAAUCCGGUAAAGAAGAUCGUGGAGAUCCCAAUGAUCCUCGUGUGAGGCUAAAGCGUGAUUGUGUUGGAAUUCUGGCUGCAUUCAAAUUCAAAGAUCCGUCUCAUCCUGUUGUUAUUGUGGCCAACACACAUCUUUAUUGGGAUCCUGAGUGGGCUGAUGUCAAGCUUGCACAAGCUAAUUAUCUUCUAUCUCGCUUAGCACAAUUUAAAACCCUGGUAUCAGAAAGAUACGAAUGCAUGCCUGAGGUCAUUGUGGCUGGUGACUUCAAUUCUACGCCAGGAGAUAAGGUAUAUCAGUGCCUCAUAUCAGGUAAUCCUUCAUCAGGUCUGUUGCCUGACUGUAUAGAGAAGGCUCCAAUUCCCUUAUGUAGUGCCUAUGCUUCUACUAGAGGAGAGCCACCAUUUACAAACUACACACCCGGCUUCACCGGAACACUCGAUCACAUAUUGUUUUGCCCCUCUGACCACAUUAAACCAAUUAGUUAUCUUGAGCUUCCAGACUCCGACGCAACUGAUAUUGCUGGUGGACUUCCAAAUUUCAGUCAUCCAAGUGAUCAUCUACCAAUUGGUGCUGAAUUUGAAAUCAUCAAGGAAUGAACAUUCUUGUAUGCCAAGAGCUAUUUUGAGUUCUCAGGGGUUUUUCAUGUUCCAUCUCCUUCCCCGUUGUGAAUCUUAAGAUGAGAGCAAGGCUUAGCAAGAUGGCAAAACAAGAAUCAAACACUGUGUAGGAGGUUUUGUUUCAUGACAAAAAUUUCAAAGGUUUGACUUCUUACCCCUGAUAAAGUUGCAGCUGAGUCUUGUUGAAGAAAGAGCAUGGUUAUAUUCUCAAAUUUGACAGUUUCAAGAGUUAUUAUUCUUUGAUUUUGAUCACUUAUUUGAUAUUCCUCAUUUUAGACAAUGUACUUUACUUUGUAUUGUUUAUGGACAGGAAACAUAAGCAUUUUUUAGUCCAAAGGAAAAUAGGGAAAAAAUCUAUUUUGGUGAAAGUGAAGUGAUCAACUUUGGUUUUCAGAUAUUGCUCUUCUAUGCCAUUAUGAAGCUAACUGGGGGCCCUCUAGUAAAAAAGAUUACUCUUGUCACUAUUAUAUUUA